AUGACUUCGAGCGAGAGAAAAGCAACAGUUUGGGAAAUCAAGAAAAGACUGCAUCAACUCACCCAUGAUGAACUGAUCAGCCUGAUGGAUUGUCUGGAGCCAACUGCAGCACCAGGAAAGCACAGGUUGGAUAUAACUGAUGAGGAGUGUUGCUUUGAGUAUAUUGUUGAGUACAUGAUCAGUGAUAGUCUGCUGGAAUUAGAAGAUGGAGGGUUGUCUCAAUUGUUACUGUUAAAAGACAAUGUUGAUGUGAUAAUCCAGAAACAGAAUGUAAAAACGGUUGUGCAUGACACUGUCCCACUUACACCACCACAACAACUUACACCCACCACUGACACGCAGGCACAGCCGAUAGAGUAUAACCGAUUGGUAGACUGUUAUGAAGAGCUAGGGCGAAAAUUAGCACAGUACAAGGUCGAGGCUAAUCCAAGUAAACCAGAAUCUCCCAAAAGUAGCGGCAGCUUACCUGUGAAUGUAGCUGGUGAGCCCACCAGUGGAAAAAGGGAAAGUAUGAUCUCCCUCCGUGACCUUCAGCUACUGCCAUUUCAGCACAGAGAGUUCAAAGUUCAAGGGGGGCAGAUUGGUGACAGUACUUCUGAUAUAAGCUACACAAGUGUAACCAAGCAAAUAGAUGAGGGACUUGCAGCUAACCACAGUGAAAAUGACAUCAUCAGAGGGGUCUUGAGAGUCAUUAAGCCAGGAAACUUUAAGGACAUGUUAGUAAACAAGGAGGGACUAACAAUCCUAGAGUUAAAGAGUUUCCUUCAGUCGCAUCUGAACGAGAGAAGUAGCUCUGAACUCUUCCAGGAGUUAAUGUGUGGUAAACAGAAUGACAAUGAAACUCCUCAACAAUUCCUGUAUAGACUGAUUGGACUGAAACAGAAACUAAUUUUCCUGUCCAAACAAGCUGUCACAGACCUGGAGUAUGAUGAACAAACAAUACAAAAUGUGUUUCUGAGGACGAUUUAUCAGGGCAUGGGUGCAAAGUACAAUCAAUUACGCACUGAAUUGAAACCUCUGCUUACGAAUCGUCUGGUGACAGAUGAGGCACUCCUGCGCCAAGUAACCCAGAUAGCAAGUGAUGAAAGUGAAAGACAACGUCGGUUGGGACAAGCUACACGGCAGAAAGUGUCGAAUGCCCUCAGCGCCCAGUGGGAGUCCAGCCGAGGUAAAGACGCUGAUUGUAGUAGACAAAACGACCAAACUGAGACGAUUCGCCGGUUAAGUGCACAAAUUGAAGCCCUUACCAAGACUGUUGAAUCACUUACAAAGGCAAGAACGACAGAAGGUCCGUGCAAAGUCUUUGAUUCCCAGCUGCAACGAAGAAGGACAUCGUGCGGUGGGCUGUCUAAGAAGGGAAAAGGGGUCGGGAAACGACCAGCGGCCACUGAUGAGGGGCGAACAGUGACCGAGCGACCACAGCCCCAGCCUAAGGAAAAAGAAGCUUGGAAGGGUAGGACACCUGAUUCACCAAAUCAAAGACAAAGUUCCUGUGACCGAGUAGCCCAGCUCAUUGGAAAGAAAGCCACCCUUAAGUGCCACAUUCAUGGGUUUGCAGUAACUGCUCUACUGGACACAGGAGCGCAAGUUAGUAUAAUCGACUGCAACUGGAAGAGUAAAUACUUACCAGAUCAAGCUCUACGACCUCUGUCAGAAAUAGUCGAUGGGGGCGACUUCAGUGUCUCAGCUGUUAAUGGAGAACCAUUGCCAUUCGAGGGAUGGGUAGAAUUGACAGUGAACCUGCCCGGGAAUGAUGAUCCAAGUUUGGCUAUUCAAGUGCCUUUCCUCGUGGGGAAGAUGCCAUUAGAACGGCCAUUGUUGGGUUUUAAUGUGGUCGAGGAGAUAAUAAGAGGAAAAAAGAACACAGAGCAGGGUCUAUGUGCUUUUGCAGAACUCCUAAAGAUGGCCCUGGACAUCAAAGGUGAACAAGCCAACGCGAUAGUGAGCUUCAUACAGAAACAACCCAAUGUGAACCUCGGAGCUGUUGUCACAGUCGGCCCUAGAGAUGUGGUCGUACCACCCGGUCAGGUGACCCAUAUUAAGUGUGAAGUUUCAGUUAGCUUGGAAUGCUCUGAGCCAGUAGUACUGUUCGAGUCCAGUGAGGAGAGUACAUUGUUAACCGAACUAGACGUUGGAGAAGGUCUGAUGGAAUUAGAGGGGACAGACCGGCGGCCCUAUGUUAGGAUUCCCCUGGGAAACCCUACUGCUUGUGAAGUCACUAUCAGACGGCGUACACCCCUAGGAAGUAUUCAGCCAAUAUCAAGCAUUAUUGAAACGAAGCAGCAAGACUUGGUCAACGGAAGUGACUUACCAGUGAGCCGUGGAGAAGAAACAGGUCCCCCAGAGCACGAGGACGUCCACAGGACAGGCAGCUUGUGGCAUCCACCGGUCGAUGUAAGCCAUCUCGAAGAAGAACAGCAGAAAUUAGUCAAAGAAAUGCUUUACCAAGAAUCCAACGUGUUUGCUCGCGGAGAUGAUGAUAUUGGGUGCAUCCCAAGCUUACAGAUGACGAUUAACCUGAAGGACGAUAUCCCUGUUCAGCGAGCUUAUGCCUCCAUCCCUAAGCCCCUAUACAAGGAGGUGAAGGAAUACGUUCAGGACUUACUAGCUCGUGGUUGGGUGGUCAAGUCAAAGUCUCCAUAUGCAGCCCCGGUGGUGUGCGUUCGGAAGAAAGAUGGCACGCUGAGACUGUGCAUAGACUACAGAUUGCUAAACCAGAAGACAGUCCCAGACCGUCACCCACUUCCUCGGAUUCAGGACCUCAUUGACACCCUGGGGGGCUACCGAUGGUUUUCAAUUCUGGAUCAGGGGAAGGCCUACCAUCAGGGAUUCAUGGCGGAGGGAUAUCAGCACCUUACGGCAUUCACAACGCCUUGGGGGCUAUAUGAGUGGGUGCGCAUACCCUUCGGAUUGGCUAAUGCACCAGCGGCAUUCCAGAGGAGUAUGGAGGGCAUGCUGGACUCGCUGAGAGACGAAUUAUGUAUCCCGUAUCUCGACGACAUCCUUUGCUAUGGUAAAACGUUCAGUGAUCAUGUUGAGGGGCUAAGGAGAGUUCUCAGAGUACUGCGGCAUCAUGGAGUAAAGUUGAGGCCGGCAAAAUGCGAGCUCUUCAAGAGAGAAGUCAGGUAUGUGGGGAGACUAGUUUCGGAGGAUGGUGUCCGCAUCGACCCAAAAGAUCUAGAGGCUGUCCUCUCCCUGAAAGACCAGAAGCCCACUACUGUCGGGGAGUUACGCCGAUUGUUGGGGUUCCUCAGUUACUACCGCACCUUCAUCCAGGACUUUUCACGAAUCGCCAAGCCACUGUACGAACUCCUCCAGUCUCGGGGAUCAGUAGUAUCUGGGGGGCAGGAUAAGUCUGGUAAAACCGAGAAAAGAGGGAACCAGUUACCUUCCCGUGCGAAAGUAGAGUGGUUGAGUGUGCACCAAGGUGUGUUGGAGAGACUCAUUGGGGCUCUGACAACCCCCCCUGUACUUGCUUACCCGAACUUUGAACUUCCGUUUGUGCUCCAUACAGACGCGUCCGAACAGGGGCUCGGAGCUGUGCUGUACCAGCAGCAAGAGGGCAGACUCAGAGUUAUUGGCUAUGGCUCCAGAACUUUGACGCCUGCAGAGAGAGGUUACAGACUCCACUCGGGAAAGCUUGAGUUCCUGGCACUCAAAUGGGCAAUUUGUGAGAAGUUCCGCGAUUAUUUGUUCUAUGCACCACACUUUACGGUCUUCACAGACAACAACCCGUUGACGUAUGUCCUCAGAACGGCCAAGCUCAACGCUGUUGGACAUAGGUGGGUGGGAGAAUUGGCGGACUUCAGAUUUGACAUUCGCUACAGACCAGGCAAAAUGAAUGCGGACGCAGACAUGCUCUCUCGUUGUCCCCUCGAUAUCAAUGAGUUUAUGACCACCUGUACCGAAGUUCUCGCAGAGGAGGUGGUCCGGGCUACAUGGGAAGGAAGUCGGGCGGACCAAGAGAAUGAAGUUGCCUGGGUUGCGGCCCUCAAUGCACGUCAAGAGGAUGCAGAGUGUAAGUUUGGAGAGAAUCUCACUACACUUGACCGUUCCAAGUUGAAAGCUGCUCAGAGGGAAGAUCCUGUCGUUGGUAAGGUGAUAGAGUUAAAGGAGAGUAGUGGAGAACUGACAUCUGAAAUGACGAAAACUGCUAAAGGAAGCCUGAAGAGACUGUUGUAUGAGUGGAGAAAACUUGAUCUUGAAGAGGACCUGCUCUAUCGUAAGACCAAUCACAGAUCUCAACUUGUUCUUCCUGCUAAGUUUAAGCAGUUGGCCCUGAACCAGUUGCACAACGAGAUGGGUCAUGUAGGGACAGAACGAGUUCUAGACUUGGCAAGGAGUAGAUUCUACUGGCCUUUUAUGAAAAAGGAGAUUGAGCACUAUGUCACCCAGCAGUGCCGAUGUGUGAAGCAGAAGAAACCCGUGGUGAAGAUCAGAGCUCCCAUGGGAAGUCUUACCUCGAGUUGUCCACUGGAUUUGGUGUCCAUCGAUUAUCUGCACCUGGAGCGGAGUCGGGGCGGAUAUGAAUAUAUUCUGGUGGUGGUGGACCAUUUCACCAGAUUUGCCCAGGCGUAUCCGACAAGAGACAAGUCUGGAAGGACGGCAGCUGAGAGGAUAUUUAAUGACUAUAUCCCAAGAUUUGGCUAUCCUUGUCGGCUCCAUCACGACCAAGGCCGUGAAUUCGAGAACCAUCUCUUUGCGACUUUGCAACGGUUAACGGGUGUCAGUAACUCCAGAACGACACCUUAUCACCCCCAAGCAAACCCAGCGGAACGGUUCAAUCGCACUUUGUUACAAAUGUUGAGGACGCUGGAAGAGAAAGAAAAGGAUAGAUGGAAAGACCACCUCCCGAAGGUAGUGCACGCCUAUAAUUGUACUAAGCAUGAAGCGACGGGGUUCUCUCCAUUCUUUCUUCUGUAUGGACGUCACCCUCGCUUGCCCGUUGACUUGUUGUUUGGUCUAAGAUCGGAGGAUGACCAAUACUCGCCUCGAGAUUAUGCAGAGAAGUGGGCACAACGGAUGGCUGAUGCAUAUAAAGUAGCCUCAGACAACAGCAAACAAGCGAGCGCACGGAACAAGAAAUACUAUGAUCAGCACCUGCGGGGUGUUGUGCUGCAACCAGGAGAUCGAGUUCUGGUUCGUAACCUAAGUGAACGGGGCGGGCCUGGAAAGUUAAGAUCCUACUGGGAGAAAACAGUGCACGUGGUCAAAGAAAGAAUAGGAGAAGGACCGGUCUAUCAAGUGUGCCCGGAGUCCAGUGAAGGCCAAAAUCCAGCCAUGAUACGUACCUUGCAUCGGAACCUGCUUCACCUGGUAAAUGACCUACCAGUAGACCCACCACCUCCAGGAGCAGAUGAGUCAUGUAGACCUAAGGGAAGGAAACCAAGGUUGUCAAAAUCAGCAAGAGAGCCUGAAGAAGCAAAUUCGAGUGAUUCAUGUUCGGAUGACAGUGAUGCACCGAGAGCUUACUACUGGUUACGCUCCUCUGAACAGCAGAGAUCUAAGCAGGGGAGGACUGUCCCUGACACUCACGAAAGAAGAGUUUGGAGACGGAGAAAUAGUGAGGAUGGACCUGUGAGGCAUGGAGAGAUUACUCCAGGAGUAGAGGAAGAAUACUUACCUGAGACAGUGGAAACUCACUCAUUGACUGACUUACCUGCUGCAUCAGAAUUUGAGAGGAUGAAUCCUGAGCUGAGAGAGAUAGUACCUGUGGAGAAAGAGAGACAGAGGGUUAGUCCAAUGGGAAAAGUUGCAGGAGACGAAUAUGUGAGGAGAUCAAGCAGAGAGAGAAAACCCACACGGGUCUUUACUUACCCCUCAUUGGGUCAGCCCAAUUAUGAACUGCCUACGGAGAUAGGGGCUGCUCAGUUUAUGCAGACACAGCAGUUACCGUAUUACUCUGGGGUACAGGGGCCAGUAUGUGCGACUUGUGCUCAUGUCCCACCUACAUUUCCUUAUCAGAUAGGGUCCUAUCCUACCUUAUUACCCUAUGCUGCCUUUUAGUGGAUACUAGAGAAUUAGUGCCUACAAGAAAACAGGGUUAAGAUCCCCACACUGAACACAUAUAUUACACAAUCUUGAAAUUGGUUACAAUAUUGGAAGGUUUGUGUUAAUUAGUUAACUGUUUAUAAGAGUUAGAGGGUCAGUGUUGUUUGGAGCCAUUUCUUUUGUCGGGGAGAGUGUGACACCCUGUAUUGUCACAGGAAUAAUUACAUUUUUCUGUAUGUAUUUUAUUUUAUUUUAUUGUGUUUAUGGUAUUGUUUCAAUUACUGUUAGUAUGUUGAAUUGGUGAGGAGUGAUACUCACGGUGGACAGUAGGUGGAGACAGUGUGCUGAUCGGGGACUAUGUGAGUAACUGAGUCGCGGAGAAGAAGCCGCCAUUACAGAGCGACUCAGACUGCAUUCAACAGCACAUCUUUGUCUGUCUCCUUGUUUUAUUAAACAGCAAUAAUUAACUGCAGCAACGCCAGUCGGACGGCGGGCG